GGGAAAUUUGUACUUUGCGGAAGUGAAUGGUGCCCGCUUUGUGUGCUACUGCAAAACAUGGCUCUCAACUUCCAGACAUCCACUCUUUCACUGACUCUGCCGAUUUCUUGUCAAAUAUGUCUCGGAAAGGUCAAGCAGCCGGUCAUUUGUGCCAACCACCACGUGUUCUGUUCAGUCUGCAUGGAAAUGUGGUUGAAGAAAGCCAGUCAGUGUCCCACCUGCAGAGUCCCCAUCACAGCAGAAAACCCCUGCAGAGAAAUCAUCGGAGGAUCUAAUGAGAGUGACCACAGUGACAGCCUGUCUGUGAGGAAAUGUCUCAGAAAAACCAGAGGAGAACUGCUUCUACGUGAGUAUGAGGAUGAAAUAGAAGGGCUCAUUAGAGAAAAUGAGGAGCUAAAAGCAAAAAAUCAAAGUCUGGAGUUACAACUGAAGACUGCUUUGGAGCCGUGCAGUAUUAACACAUUGCAAACAAAUGAUAAAAGAGUUGACCCCUACGUCCUGGAAGAAUGGACAAACAAGUUGCGAGCUGCUACAGAUGUUUGUGAUAAAGUGAAGCAAGACAUGGACAAACUCAAAGAGGCAAAUAGAGGAUUACGUUCGCAAAAUGUUGACCUUGUGCAAGAGAACAUGAGGUUGAAAGCAGAAGUGGCAGCCAGGUCUCCUCAAAAGUUUGGUCGUUAUACAGUGGCUGCACUAGAAGCAAAAAUCCAGCAAUACGACCGUGAGGUGGACCACUUGAAGAGAGCUCUGGAGCGCAGUGACCAGUACAUCGAAGACCUCGAGUCUCGGGUCAGAAAACUCAGACAAGUUGAUAUACAGGAAAAGAGCAGGACUGACGCAAAGACUGAGUCAGAAGAUUUCACACAGCAGCAUAAAAUUAACAUGAUGAUGAGAAGCUUGAGUGACAAUGAGAGGGAGUCCAUCUGCAGCAAUCCAGAAGUCCAAAGCCAAACAUAUUCAAGAAAGUUGUUUGAGCCAUCUGCAGGUCGCACUCCACUGAAUAAAUGUGUGCCUGUGAACCAGAAAAGCGAGGAUUUGGAUAGCGCCUCCUCUGACUUUUUGCCCUCUACUCCUUCCAAUGCCUUUCGCUCCCUGACACUGAGAAGCCCCAGAAUCCGUGAGAAGAAAGUGGCAUUCAAGCCCACGUCUUAUAUGAGGAGGCUUGAUUUUGGUGACUUUCCAAGUCCUGGCAAGAGCAGUAUCUUCAGAGUGAACCAAUUCAGCAGCAACACAAAAUCCCCCAAAGAGUUCUCUCCAAAUACAGAUCUGGAAACCUCCAAGUCUCUCCUAUGGGAUGACUGGCAAAAGUCUGAAUCUGCUGACCAGUCCUGUCCCGGUCCAAGUAAAGAAAGCACAUUUAAAGGAGCAACAUCCACUAAUCUUGCAGUUGAUGACCCCGAUAGUUUCCAUAUGUCCAGCGAGGCCUCUAUGGAUGCAGCUUACCUGGAUAAAAUCUCUGAAUUGGACUCCAUGAUGCUGGAUGGAGAGAGUGCCAGCAGCCGGGGGUCCCAACUCUCCCUGGUUUCCACCUCUCCAGCAGAUUUGGACAACACUGUUGUCCCAGAACCACAAACAUGCUCUGAUUCACUGCCAAACUGUGGUGGCAAACCUGUUAUGGAAUGUGACCAGCAUAGUCCUUCAGCACGCAAUACCACAGAUUUCGCUCUGAAUGGCAAAGAGGCUCCAGAAGGCUCCACAGAAGGGAGGACACCUGCACUGUUGUCGGGGAAGGAGAGCGGUGCAACUGUCCCAGGGCAUGAUGGGACCUCUCAGACUGAAGAAAUGUCUUUUGAGUUGUUGUUUGAUCCGCUGGAAGAGAAUAAGGACGGUCCCCCUGCCUCGCUCUGUUCGGAGAUCCAACAUGAUUCCACUCACCCCUCCUGCUCCUCCACCUGCACCGGGAAACCUGUGAACACAAUAAGGGACAGACACACACUGAACAUGAGCCAACCAACAAAGAGAAAGUCCCACAGUCCCUUUAACACAAACAGUCCCACAAAACUUUCAAAGCUCAUGUGAAGGUUUUAAAUAUUGAACCUACAUGAUCUCAGUGUAUUAUACAGUGGAAUACAAUCAUAGAGCACCAAAAAAAAAAAUGUAUGUGAUGCUACAGUUUAACAUUUUGUCUCUUACUGUCAUUGUUGUACAGACAGUUGUUGAUCGUUUGUGGAUAGAUUUUUAGUCCAGUCGUGCAGUGAAACAAAAUAUCACAGUCCACAUCUUCAGGGACAAACACUUUUGUGCUGUUUUGGUCAAUAAUACUCUCAUCAAGUGUACUUUCAGGGUAUUUGAACCCAAACCUGUCUGAUGGACAUCAUUACGAGAGCUGUACUGGAGUCUGAACAUAAAAAAUAAGAAUA